GGCCAUGGCUGUCUCUGGAGGGCAGGGCUGUGCUGUGCACUGAGCUGUGUGUCCUGGGGUGCAUCGGCCGUGGGAAGCUGCUGUCAGGGCAUUUGUAAUCAUAUCUCUCUUAUUUCUAAUCUUUAUGAUAUACUGUUAAUUAUUAAUGGAGAGAAAUGCCAGCUGAAAUUAUCAUGUCACCAGAGUGCUAUAAACUCAAUAAUUCUGUUCGAGCACGUGGCUUUUAUCCAGCGCAGCUGAGAUCGUAAUGCUGACAGACAAUAAACACGGUGGAAGGAGUCAGCAACUUUGGGCCCUACUGAGAUGGUGCACAGAGCCCACGUGAGCCUUGUGCUGCAUGGAACUGGGAGCGAUCGCAUUCCUCUCUAACAUUCCUCUAAAGUGGACUUGGGUAAGGCAGCAAUAUCAUCACCUGCCAUUGAGGGGGACAAUAUGAAGUUAUGAUAACAACCAAGGAGGAAAGCUGGCAGCUGGUUGGCUGGUGCCUGUGGGAAGCUCAGCAGCGUGCCCUAUAUAUUGCCAGAGAUGAGGGGAGCCAGCUUCCAUGUCUGCUGCAGAAAUGGGCACCCACAGCUCCCUGCUCUUCCUGGCUCUCCUGUCAUGUUAUGCAUGUGCUAAUCCAGUCUCUGUUGAGCAUCUCUCCAGUGUGCCUGCUGGAGAAGGUGAUGCUGGUGAGAUAAUCAAAGACAUUCCAGAAAUAAACUUAGCUGCUGGAUUGGACCUCUUUCAGGGUGAUAUCUUGCUUCCCGUCAACCAGCGAAAUGCCUUAAGGAACGACACCUACAGGUGGAAGUUCCCCGUUCCCUAUAUCCUGGGUGAUGACUUAGAUCUGAACGCCAAAGGAGUCAUUCUCCAGGCAUUUGAAAUGUUCCGCCUUAAGUCCUGUGUGGAUUUCAAGCCGUAUGAAGGAGAAGCAAGCUACAUAUUCUUCAGAAAAGAAAGCGGGUGCUGGUCCAUGGUGGGGGACCUGAAGAGUGGGCAGAACCUCUCCAUUGGGGCAGGGUGUGACUACAAAGCAAUCGUGGAACAUGAAGUCCUGCAUGCUUUGGGGUUCUACCAUGAGCAGUCAAGGAUGGAUCGUGAUGACUACGUGACCAUCUGGUGGGACGAAAUCCUUACAGGGAGGGAGCACAACUUUAACAAGUACGAUGACAGCUACAUCACUGACCUGAACACGCCCUAUGACUACGAGUCAGUGAUGCACUACGCACCAUUUUCCUUUAACAAAAAUGCGAGCGUCCCCACAAUCACAACAAAGAUCCCAGCAUUUAAUGACAUCAUCGGACAGCGUCUGGAUUUCAGUGCCAUUGACCUGGAAAGGCUUAAUCGCAUGUAUAACUGCACUUCCACUCACACCCUUUUGGAUCAGUGUUCUUUUGAGUACGAGAAUAUCUGCGGCAUGGUUCAGGGCACCAGAGAUGACUUAGACUGGGUCCACCAACAGAGCAGUCCUACAGGAGAGGAAGACCACACACUUUCUGGGCGCUGUGCAGAUGCUGGCUAUUUCAUGUACUUCAACACCAGCUCUGGAAACGCAGAAGAGGUGGCAGUCCUGGAGUCUCGAAUCCUUUAUCCCAAGAGGACUCAGCAGUGCCUCCAGUUCUUCUAUAAGAUGACAGGAAGCUCAUCUGACAAGCUGGUCAUCUGGACUAAGGAAGAUGAUGGGACUGGAAAUGUUCGCAAGAUGAGGAAAAUUGAAACCUUUCAGGCUGAUAAUGACCACAAUUGGAAAAUCGCCCACGUCACCCUCAGUGCUCAGAAGAAGUUCCGAUACCUCUUCCAAGGACUAAAGGGCAACCCCAGCUCUUCCUCUGGGGGGAUCAUUAUCGAUGAUGUCACACUCACAGAGACCCCCUGUCCCACAGCUGUGUGGGUCGUUCGGAAUUUCAGUCAGAUCCUUGAAAAUGCAUCACAUGGUGUCAUUCAGAGCCCUCGGUUUUACAGCCCUGAGGGUUAUGCUUAUGGCAUAAGUUUGUACCCCCACUCCGCAAGCAGUGGCUACAGCCGCGUUGCCUUCCACAUGUGCAGCGGAGAGAACGAUGCUGUCCUAGAGUGGCCAGCUCUGAACCGCCAAGCCAUGCUCACAGUGCUCGACCAGGACCCUGACGUGCUGAAGAGGAUGUCUGCAAGCAGAAGCUUCACCACAAGCAGAGACCAAACAUUGAGUGUAAAUGGAACCAUAGUGUGGGAGAGGCCAUCAAUUAAUGGAACCUUUGAUGCCUCAUGCAAUUGCUAUAGAACAAAAGACUGGGGGUGGAACAACUUCAUAUCACACAGCCAGCUGAGACAAAGAAGCUUCCUGAAAAAUGAUAACCUGAUCAUUUUUGCAGAAUUCCACGAUCUAACUCACCUCAAUAACACUGAAGUCCCGGUUGUGUCCCAGCAAUUUGCUGUCUCAGAGGGCCACACUUUGGAAAGGCAGAAGAGAGCAGCCGAGGAGGUGGAGCCCAUGCAGCGCUGGCUGCCUUAUCAGCAAGACCCGUGUGAUCCAAACCCCUGCCAGAAUGAUGGAGUCUGUGUGAAUGUGAAGGGAAGACCAAGCUGCAGGUGCCCAUCAGGACAAGCCUUCUUCUUCACAGGUGAGAGGUGCCAGUCCAUGCAGGUCCAUGGGAACAUCCUGGGAAUGACAGUUGGUGGAGUUGCUGGAACUGUUGUCUUAACAAUCAUCCUCAUUUCCAUGAUGGCUAGAAGAUAAAGAAUCACAGAGGGAUAAAUGCAGGUCUGGUGGUUUUCCUGCGGUUCACCAGGCAUCACUUUUCAGUGAAAAGCAACAAACACAACUUGUAUCUGGAUGCUGAAAUGCCCUACCAGCAUCUUGGCAGCUGCUCAUUUAUUUCAUAGGAGUUGGCAGUUCAAGCUCAUGACAUGAACUGCUGCCCAAUAAAAGUUCAUAUCCUGCCUCUCUUA